AUCCACGAUGUUUUGGGGCUUAUAUUUCCUCGAUCGCAAUUUGGUAAUGUCCAAAUAUUUGGAUGUCUACUUCCCCAGCUGGUUAAACCACACUAUGCACACAUUUGUGUCCGUGUUUGCUUGCUUGGAAAUGAUCACUGCUUACCGGCCGUACCCGUCUCGUAUUCAUGGAUUGCAAAUAACUUCAAGUUAUAUUUUAACAUACUUUGUAUGGAUUCAUAUUGUAUACAGCCAAUGUAAUUUGUGGGUGUACCCAAUUCUCAGUCAACUAAACAUGUUCUAUAGGACGUUAUUCUUUUUGGGGUUGUUCAUACACAGCGCCUCGCUGUAUUUAAUUGGAGAAUACACAAACCUAAAAUUGUGGGAUUUUCAACGUCAAAAGAUUCAAGAAAAACACCAAUAAAGAAACAAACUGAUCAACUAAAAUUGUUGCAUUUGAUUUUGUGCUAUUUUGCAUGUGUAAUACAUAAUAUUACCUACAUAUAUAAUAUUGUAUUAUUAAAUAUUGUAUGAAUUGUCAUAUG